GCAUGAAGAACACUCACACUCGACCGGUCAGAUCAUCUACUGCUGUAACGUGGUGCUGAGCUACCUGCGCGAGAAGGAGGCCGGGGAGAUCUCGCCAGACCUGCGCUCGCUGCAGGAGAGUCUGCAGGCCAAGUUCCCUGACAACAAAGCGAACGCGAAGACCAGAGACAACUACAUGUUCGCUCGCGAGGAGGAGCGCGGAGGCUCCCGCGAGCCCCUCGCGGAGCUGCUGCCCGCGCUCCGCUCCGCGCUGCCGCUCGUGCAGCACAGGUACCGCCUGGUGCGAUACAGCGGCGUGUGGCGGGGCUCCGACAUCAUGCAGUGGAUUAUCGACAACACCGGGCACAAGACCAGGGCGCAAGCGCGAGCGAUAUGCCAGGCUUUAGUGUCCGGCGGGUGGCUGACCGGCGUGCCCGACGCGGCGCCCACGUUCGCCGACUACGCGCUGUACCGGCCCCGGGCCGCGCUCCACACCGCGCCAUCGGACGAGGAGCAAGCACAGAGUCGGCUGGUGGAGAGCGUGUCGUCCUACUGCCUGGACUUGGACCUGGGCGAGAGCUCCGCCAGGCUCACCAAGACGCCCAAAACUAAUGCUCCAGAGCCCAAAUCGUCGCCUUCGAGUGAAGAGGAAACGCCCAACUUGGAACACAGCGAAGGUCCUAGUCAAGCCCUGUGCCCGCGCAUCGCAGCGAAGGGCCAAGAGCACCUGGAACUGCUGAUGAGGCAGUGGCUCUCAGCCGAAGCACUCAGUGCUUCUUGGUUAGACGUCCUGUUGCCGCUGUGUAUGGCGGGGGCGGAAGCCACCAUGCCAGACAUGCACAGCAGCGACAUCGACGUCCGCAACUACGUGCAGGUGAAGAAGCUGCGCGACGGGCACGCGCGCGACAGCUGCCUCGUGCCCGGCGUCGUGCUCACCAAGAACGUGGCUCACAGGGGCAUGCCGCAGGAGAUCGAAAACCCGACUGUUCUGUUGCUGGACUGCUCCAUCGCGUACCAGCGGGUAGAAGGGAAACUAACUUCGCUGGAACCUGUGUUGCUACAGGAGCAAGAGUACCUGGUGCGGUGCGCGGCGCGCAUCACGGCGCUGCGGCCCGACGUGGUGCUGGUGCGCGGCGCCGUGGCGCGCCCCGUGCAGGACGCGCUGCGCGCCGCGCACGUGGCUCUAGCCACCGGCGUGGGCGAGCGCGCGCUCAGGAGGGUGGCUAGGAGUGUAAGGGCUGAUCUAGUGGCGUCAGUGGACGCUAGGAUCGCUAUACCGAGGCUGGGCUCGUGUAAACGCUUCGCCGUUACUACUUACCCCAGCAAGACGCUGAUGUCCCUAGAAGGCUGCGUGGAGCCAGCUCUCGGCUGCUGCAUCCUGCUGCGCGGCGCGAGCACGGCGGAGCUGGCGCGCGUCAAACGAGUCGUCAAGUUUAUGUUGCGAGCCUGCUACAACUGGAAACUGGAGAAAGCCUUCCUCGCCGACGUGGAGGCCGCGCUGCCGGACCCCGGCGCCUUCGACGACGUCCACCCACACGAACCUAAAGAUCAACAAACUACACAAGAAACAGAAUUCGCCACCGAUGACAGUGUGUUCGCCGCCGUGGAUGAUAGGGCUAUUGAUGAUGAUGCUUUUGCUAGUGAAAAUAAACUUGUCAAAGAAAGCAGAGUUUCAUUUGCUGAUGAUAAAAUAUCAGCUGCGAAUGAGAAAGUUACGUCUAAAAAUGCAACAUCUCUUAAAGCAAUAAACAGUGAUGAAAAUACCCCAGAUGUUAAAAAAGAUUUCACAGAUGAAAAUGUUUCAACGACUCAAAAUAAAACAGGUAAAGAUUUGGCUCCUGAUGACAAAGUAACAGUUACCGAUGAAGAUAUUCCAUCUUCUAAUGAUAAAAUACCAACUGUCAAAGAUAAUACAAGUAACGAAGAUUCAGCUGAAGAUAAAGUAGUCGCUGAAGAAAAUGUGGAAGAUAAGAGCACUGAUUUUAUAGACCCUCUUCAAAGUAAGUUUAAUCGCUCGGAAAGUGAGCGCGUGAGCGGAGUUCCUAUCAGGGACUUCAGUGACCCGCUGCGGUCUGCUGUUGAUGAUGAUGUGUUUUUGGCUGAAGAUAGUUUACAAGCGGACACACACGCGGACAGAUGGUCGACGGACGACACGGUGCUGUCGAUGUCUCCGCACGUGAUCAUCCCGCCGCCCUUCCUCGACACGGAGGCGGGGCGGCGCUGCCCCCUGCGGCGCUACUUCCCGCGCCCCGCGCUCCCCGCGCGCCCGCGCCCCGCGCCGCGCCCCGCCGGCACGCCGCGCCCCGCGCGCCGCUACAGCCGCGUGCGACACAGCGUCAUGGACCUCAAGGAGCGGCACCCGUUCGUGACGCAGCCGAUCACGGCGACGGCGGAGGAUCCCGCGCUCAAGGCCUCGCUUGCGCACUACCGCGCCACCGGCUGCCAGCUCGAAGAUCAACACACUCCGGAAUGCCCGAUGUACAAGCCGUCGGUGGUGAAGCGGCCGGCAGCGCCCGGCUCGCCGGAGCCGGAGCCGGCGCCGGAAGAACGGGACCCGCUGUGCCCCGACCACCACCAGCAGCUGACUGUCCUACUCUACAGCUACAGCCCCAAGUCGCCCAACAAGCCCGACUUCUGCGUCAACCCGUGGAUAGUGACAAUGGAGAUGUACGGGCGCAACGACAUCACGCUGGGCGCGUUCCUGGACAAGUACUGUUUCAACAGCGACUCCAAAUGCCCCUCGGCAGGGUGCUCCGUGCCCGUCAACCAACACGUCCGGAGGUUCGUGCACGGCGACGCGUGCCUCACGGUCACCUGCAACAUCAUCCAGCACAGCGCCGUCGACAAGCACAAGGAGGAACAUACCAAGCAGGUGAUGUUCUGGUCGCGCUGCGAACAGUGCGGCGAGAGCGGGCGACCGAGACGGCUGUCCCGCGCCGCGCUCUGUCUCUCUCUGGCGAUGUAUCUGCGCGUGCGCGCGUCCGCCGCGCGGCAGACGACGCGCGCGUGCCGCCACCCGCUGCACGCGCACGCGCACGUGUUCGCGCGCCACACGGCCGCCGCCUGCUGCAGGUACAUGAAGAUAACUCCAUACGAGAUCGAGCUGCCCCCCGACAUGAUCUCCACCCACUACGAUACGAAGGCCAUGCGCGACGCAUUGAUCGCGCAGCUCAACGAACUCGUUCUCAAAGGGCACGAAACGCUAAGCGUAGUAGCUGACGCAGGGGCGGAACAAGACUACCAGGCGUUUAAGCACCACACCGAGCAGAUCUCUCUGGCUUUGACUCAAGCCAAGGAAAACACCACCACGGCAGGUGUGAUCCGGUCGCUGUGCGUGUCGGACGCGCUGAUCGCGGGCGAGCGCAUGCUGCGGGAGGCGCAGGACGCGUGGGCCGCGCCCGCGCCCGCGCCUGCGAGCAAGCCGGCCAAGGCUGUCGACGCCGCGGGGGCAGUGGAAGAAAAAUCCGAUCUAGAAGAGUCCACAGGAGACAGUGAAAACUCAGGAACCACGUAUGUGUUCGCAGAAGGACGCGACCGGGACGAGAGGGACCACCCUGGCGCGGAGGAGGACGAGGAGAGGGGGGACAAGAAGACGGUGCGCCAGAUCCUGUCGCAGCUGCUCUCCAACAAGGAGGCCUCGCACCAGAAUGGCAUCAUAAUCUCGCACGGGCUGGUGCCGGUGGUGGUGCAGGUGGGGGAGGUGGGGUCGGUGGUGGCGGCCGCGCUCGCCUCCGUCACCUACCACCGCUCGCUGCACAGGCACAGGCACAGUACUCAGUCGGAAGCCGACGAGGCCGAGGCCGGAGCAGGCAAGGACCGCGUGGACGGCGACAGCAGCAAGGCCAAGUCCAACGACCACAUCGAGGUGUUGCUCAAGGAUGGGUUGUUGUGCCGCAUAUACUACGCGCCGCAGUUCCACCGCUUGCGGCACGCGCUGCUCGCGGCGCUCGGCGACCUCGAGCAGCCGCGCGCCGGCGACGCGCGCUGCUGCGACGACCUCAAGGACAAAGACAAGAGUCUGUGCGACAUCGAGGAGGGCUUCAUCCGCUCGCUGGCGCACUGCGUGCCGUGGGCGGCCAAGGGCGGCAAGUCCGGAUCCACCUUCUGCAAGACCAAAGAUGACCGCUACGUCCUGAAAGAGAUGACGAAGCCAGAGUGGACGCAGUUCCUGCUGUUCGCGCCGCACUACUUCAACUACGUCACGAGCUGUCGCAGCCAGCAGUUGCCCAGUCUAUUAGUGCGGUGGCAGCAGCAGCUGUUCGUGGCGUCGCACACGGGCCGCGUGCUGUUCUCGUGUAUAGACCGCGACACAGAGUUCCUCGCCUCCAACUCGGUCAUGGACUACUCCUUACUGCUCGGUAUUGACGGCCAGAAGCUUGUUCUAGGAAUCAUUGAUUACAUCCGCACGUUCACUUGGGACAAGAAGCUGGAGCACCUGGUGAAGAAGAACCUCGGCUCCGGCCAGCCCACCGUGGUGUCCCCCGACGAGUACAAGGCGCGCUUCCGCAAGGCCGCCCGCAAGUACUUCCUGCGCGCCCCGGCACCCUGGGACCACCUGCUGUAGCCCCGCUCCUGCUCCACUAGAGCCUCGGACGUGUGCAGCCCACCGUGCUGUCCCCGACGAGUACAAGGCCGCCCGCAAGUACUUCCUGCGCGCCCCGGCACCCUGGGACCACCUGCUGUAGCCCCGCUCCUGCUCCACUAGAGCCUCGGACGUGUGCAGCCCACCGUGGUGUCCCCGACGAGUACAAGGCCGCCCGCAAGUACUUCCUGCGCGCCCCGGCACCCUGGGACCACCUGCUGUAGCCCCGCUCCUGCUCCACUAGAGCCUCGGACGUGUGCAGCCCACCGUGCUGUCCCCGACGAGUACAAGGCCGCCCGCAAGUACUUCCUGCGCGCCCCGGCACCCUGGGACCACCUGCUGUAGCCCCGCUCCUGCUCCACUAGAGCCUCGGACGUGUGCAGCCCACCGUGCUGUCCCCGACGAGUACAAGGCCGCCCGCAAGUACUUCCUGCGCGCCCCGGCACCCUGGGACCACCUGCUGUAGCCCCGCUCCUGCUCCACUAGAGCCUCGGACGUGUGCAGCCCACCGUGCUGUCCCCGACGAGUACACGACCUAGACUAGGUUAGAUCUGUCUAGUUAUUUAUAUUUAGUCGAUUUAUUAAUCUUUGUUAUUACUUAAAUCAUGAACAUAAAUUAUGUACACAUUUCGCCAUUUUUUUUUUUUCAAAACUGUCCACCCUACUUUUUUUGUAACGGGUAUUUUUACGCGAUUCAUACUCAGAAUCGCGAAGUCUUUCGAUCCUGAUAGGAGAAAAAAAAUGUCCCAAGAUUUCAUACAUUUUUCAAACCUUCCAUUCCGUUACCGCCAUACAGAAUGUGUGAAAAAAUAGUAACGGAAUAGGAAAACACCUUGGGACACUUUUUCUCCUAUUAGGAUUGAAAGAGCUCGCGAUUCUGAGUGGAAACCACAUAAAAAUUUCCAAUUCCAAGAAAGUGGGGUGGACAACUUUGAAAAAAAUUACUUAUUUAAAUGUAGACAUAAAAUGGAAGAAAUGCUGCUCGGAGCUCAACUCCGUGAACGUGAUGUCUUGUGUCAAUAUUGUUACGGAAAGGCAGAGCUGAUACUGAUAGACAUCCAUUAAUCUGCACCAUGUCUCUGUGAAUAGCUAAUACUAAAGAUGUGAUUUCAUUUGUUAAAUCUUCAGAAACUUUAUUAUACUUAUUCACUAUCUCAAGUAUUAUUCUCAUUCCUUUAUCGAAUAUAAUUAUGUAAGCUGCAAAUUAUUAAAAUAAAAUGAUUGAUUAUAACGUUUA